AUGAGCUUAGAAGACAUUUGCAAAGCUCUCGCCACCGCAAGAUACAACAAAGAGACGCCGGUGAAUUCCUUCAUUCUUCACGCAGAUGUUCAGCAGAUAUGGGCUGGGGAGAAGUUGGAACAGUUUCUGUGGUCGCAUGACCCCAGUCUAACUCCCUCCGAGAUAGACACGGUGCGGGAAAAUCUUCUGCGUACGAUUUCGAUCCUCGCGACUAUUGUCCCUUCAGACUGGCUAAGAUGGCCGAGGUUCCGAGAGAUGUUUCUUCCAACAGACGAUACCCUAGCCAACUUUCGCCGCGAUAAACAUGCCCUCGAUUUCAAAAUGGAAGAUCUGGCUGUGGACUCUUUUCUUGGCGAUGAUUAUCUUGCGCAGCGUUUCAUGUGGCUCAGGUGGAUCUACUUCCCAGAAGUGCUGAAAGGACGUGAACAAACGGAUUAUGAACCGGAACGUCGGAUCCCGUUAUACCAGGAGAAGGACUGUCCACCACGAGAAGGUGGUUUUGGAACAGUCACUAAGGAGAGGAUACCACCCAACCAUAUCGUCUUGAGUCACUUGAGCGACCACCUCGGUAUACCAGAUGCACCUCAUCCAGUUGAACUGAUCGUUGCUCGAAAGUCCUUUCCCAGGCCAAAUGCUCAUUUCGUUGAGGAAGUCAAGGCUUUGAAAAAUCUCCGAGCAAGCCUAUCCACCCAUAAAAGAAUAGUCCCCUAUCUAGCAAUCUUCAGCAUUCACAACCAGUGGAACAUCAUCAUGCCAUGGGCGGAUAUGGACUUGGAGCAAUUUUUGAUCCAAGGCUAUGAAAGUAUGAAAGCUACCUCAUGCUUUCUUGAAGACCUGAUUUGCGAAUCUCGAAAUCUCGCAGCUGCAAUUCAUUUCUUGCAUGAGCAUCUUCAUCUCGAAAGUGAGUGGCCAGAGUUUCAUGACCAAGCAAUGUGUCAUAUGGAUCUCAAACCGAGGAACAUCCUCGUUUUCAAACAACCUGGAUCAUCUACAGGCAUCUGGAAAAUCACAGAUUUUGGUAUCUCGCAAGUAGCACAUCUCCGCCAAUCAGAAGACAGCACACAAGACCCAGGCUAUACGCAUAUGUGGCGCAGACCAUCUUUAAGGAUGGGCGAGUACCACGCACCUGAUGUUGAGGCUCAACUCCGAAGUGACAUCUGGUCAUUUGGGUGCAUACUUACUCGUGUCUUUGCUUUGGGGCUGGAUCCGGCGAGUCUCGCGGAGAUUGACAAACAGCGGAAAGACGACUGCUUCCACGUUGGACAACCUUCCGUUUUACAUCCGAGUAUCGAGUCAUGGAUUGAAGGACUUCCGAACAAAUACAGCACUAUCAUUCAUAUCUCAAGUACUGAGGACGAGCUGCAAGGGCAGCCUGACAAUAAGUCGCGGCAAAGUUACAACCCUGAGUUCUUGGAAGAAAUGCAAAAGGUUCUUCGAUCAAUGCUCCAGAUUAAUUUCGAACGGCGCCCAUCAGCACGGGAAGUGCGGAGCGCACUGCACAGUUUUCAAGAAAUCAACAUUUACAUCAAUCUGGGACCGGAACCACGAAAACAAAGCACGGCAAGCCUUCGUACAUUGCGCUGUCUCGUUCAUGAUAUCAAGAACAACAGCAUGGAAGAGGUCCACGAUACAUUGUCGGAGCCUUUAGAUGUUGAAGACGUUUACAAUGGCGAGCGCCCCCUAAUAUAUGCCAUCAAUGUGGUCAACGCUGCUGCUAUCAAUGCGCUUUCCAGCCAUCAACGAAGAUUCCACAGAAAUCUGGACGUGCGAACCUGGUCGUCCGAAGGUUACACGCCACUCCAUCUUGCAGUGCGUACAGGAAACGUGAGUAUUGUGAAAGCUGUGAUCGAUGCUUCUAUUCCUCCACCGAGCCCUGAAUUUGCCCUUUUCUUGAACGAACUGUGCAACGGAAGAACUGCACUCAUGCAAGCGGCCUUUUUCGGCCAUGCUGAUGUGGUCUCACUACUUCUUUCAAAAGGAGCAGAUCAUACAAUUUGCGCAGAAGAAAAUAAUUGGAACUGCCUACACUACACAGUAAUAGAUGGGAGCAGGGCCAAAGAGGAUGUCAUCAAGGCAUUCAUCAACAUAAUGAGAUUCGAUCAGUCUCCGCCCGGUGCAUCUGAAGGCAUACCAUAUGAGACACCGUUAUUACACCAUCUCAGACUUGCGCUUCUAGACGUCCACGGAAAUCGAAAGAUAGAUCCAAUGUGGAGAAGGAAAUUCAACGCACUUUUGGAGGGGGGAGCAGACUUGAACAGAAAGUUCGAUGCUGGCACUCACCUUGAGACCAGCCCAUUGGAAGCUGCUUUCGUUCAUAAGAACGAGACGAUUGUCCGCAUAAUCCUUAAUGCGAAAGCAGACCCGAGGGUAACACUUCCCGUGGACUACCCCAUGCCAACAUUCGUCCUUCUAGAUGGAGACCUGAGAAAAAAAUUCAAGAAAGCUAGGACAGCACAGCCAUCGCCGAGAUAUCGAUAG